AUGUGUUCUUUUUAUUUUAUUCUUCAUUUCGAGUUGCCACUAUGUCAACAUCAUCGUCUAGUAAGGCAAUAUAUUCGUCCAAUAUUAUUCAUUUUAUUGGGUGCAUUGGUAGUAUUUAUUCCAUCUCUAACAAUUCUAUUAACAAAGAAGAGUAAAUGUCCAACUCCACCUGAUCCAUCACCAGAAGCAUGGAAUGCUAGUGAUUAUGAAUCGAAUACUGAUUAUUAUCGAAAAUUAGAAAGUGUACAUAAUCUAACUCCAUUAGAUAAUCUUCGUAUGGAUCGAUUAUCAUCACCUAGAUUUUGUCCUGGUGAUAGUUCAAAAAUAAUUUAUCUAAGAAGACAAUAUCAUAUGCCAGAUAUAAAUGGAUCAUCAACAACAUUACAUUGGGUUGAUAUGAGUGAUCCACUUUUACCAAAAACUAUUCACUUAACACGACCAAUAUGGGGGAUUCAUGAUCAACAGUUUUAUUGGAUUGAUAAAACAACAAUACUUUUUCUAUCUAAUCGAGGAACAUCUGGUCUUAAUCAAAUUUUUCAAUUAAAUCUUCCUUCUGAUAUAUUAGGAAUCAAUAAUUUUCUUGAACCAAUUCAAAUAACUGAUUAUCCAUUAUCUAUUGAUAAUUUAUUAGUUAAUCGACAAGCUUCUCGUCUUGCAUUUAGUUGUCAAGUCUAUGCUAAUUUAUCAAUUGAAGAAACAGCUGAUCAUCAAGCUAAGGAAAAAACAAGUGGUAGUCUUGUUUAUAAAUUUGAUAAAUUAUUUAUUCGUCAUUGGGAUGAAUAUAUGACAGGUCCACGUCAUCAUCCAUUUGUUGUUUCAAUUCAACGAGAUUCACAUGAAACAUUUCGAUUUCAAUCAUCACCUCAAGAUGUUCUUUUUGGUAUUGAUAGUGAUUCACCAACACGUCCAUUUGGUGAUGCAAAAGCACAAUGGUCAUUUAGUGCUAGUGGGAAUUCAUUUGCUUUUACACGACAAUAUGAUGAAACAAGUGAAGUAGCAUGGUCAACUAAUUUAGAUAUUUUUACAAUUGAUGUUAGUAAACCAAAUAUACCACCAGUAUGUAUUACACGUGACAAUCAUGCUGCUGAUACUGAUCCAAAAUAUUCACCUACUGAUGAACAUAUCUUAAUCUAUCGAGCACAAUCAGUACCUGGUUAUGAAUCAGAUCAAUUUAAAUUGAAAUUAUAUGAUGGUACACAAAUAAAGACAUUACUUGAUGAUUGGGAUCAAAGUAUUCAAGUUACUAAAUGGUCAGAUAAUGGUCAAUCAAUUUUUCUUGAAUUAGGUGAACAAGCACAGCAUCUUAUUUAUCAAGUAUUAAAUGUUUUUACUCCAAAUCCAACAGUUGUUCGUCGAGUAGCAGAUAAUGGAAGUUGGCAUGAUAUUAAUGUAGAUCCAACAGAUGAUCAAACAUUACUUUUAACUUUUGAAAAUUUAAUUGAACCAUUAAAUAUUGUUUUACAAAAGAAUCAAUUAUUAUUUCCAGUAACAACACAUAAUGAUAUGUUAAUCAAUCGAACACAAUGGAGUGAUAGUUAUGAAGCAUUUUCAUUUCAAGGUGCACGAAAUGAAACAGUAUGGGGAUGGCAUGUUCCACCAAUAACUGGCACUAGUCAAAAAGCACCACUUGCCUUUUUAAUUCAUGGUGGUCCACAAAAUAGUUGGUAUAAUACAUGGGGUCGGGGAUGGAGUUUUCAAUCAUUUGCUGCACAAGGUUAUGCUGUUAUUGCUAUUAAUUUUCAUGGUUCUGAUUCAUAUGGACAAAAUUUUACUGAUAGUAUUACCGGUGAAUAUGGUACAUUACCUUAUGAAGAUCUUCAAUUAGGAUUGACUGCUGCUUUAGAACAAUAUCCAUAUAUUAAUGAAAGUCGAGCUAUUGCAUUAGGUGCUAGUUAUGGAGGUUUUAUGAUUAAUUGGAUUGCUGGACAUCCUGAAAUGAGUCAUCGUUUUCGUGCUCUUGUUAAUCAUGAUGGAUUAUUUGAUAUGAGAGAAAUGGCUUAUGCUACGGAAGAAUUAUGGUUUACUGAACAUGAUUCAGGUGGUUUUACUCAAUAUCAAAAUCCUGAAGCUUAUGAAAAAUUUAAUCCAAUUAAUCAUGUUGC